GGUUAAAUGCAGCGUUUAGACGCUUCAUGGGGACAUUUACCAAAUGCAACGAGGGCUCUGUGACCUUUAAAUUCAGAGGUGUCGGUGUCGGAGUGAUGUUGGGUGAGAAAGAACACCGAGCAGAGCAAGAGGAUCAUCACAGAUGACUGCGGAUUGUGCACGGCGGCUCGUCUCUCCAGCCUCCUCCAGCUGCCCUGCCUACUGUAAAAGGAGUGGCUAUCCAACAUUAGCGCCACACACAUGUAACGCGCUGACACACGCACGGGCUUUGGAAGACUUUAUUUGUUUUGGUUGGAGAUAACCUGCAGCAGGACACAGACCGAGGCACCGGCUCACGCAUUCAUGGCUGUUUGACAGUCUUUACGCACUAAACGAGCUCAGCAGAAAGGUAGGCGAUGGCGUCCCAUAAAGACAGACGCAGGGAUCGUCCCCCAUUGGAGGAGAGCUAUGGAGAGAGGAGCAGCGUCCCCUGUCCUGGAGACACCCUGCCCUGGAACCUGUCCAAACACCAGAGGGUCAAACGCUCAAAGUCAGCCUCAGGGGAGGUCCUGGAUCCAGCGGAGCGAGCUGUGAUUCGCAUAGCAGGUGAGUGCUCCCUUCUGGUCUUUCACUGUGGUCAGAGGAUGAUCCAGAUCAUCUGA